CGAAGGCGGAAGUGGAGCGAACAACAACCAGAGAUUGAGGAAAACGAAACAUAAACAGAAGCUCGAGCGCAAAGAUGUUUUCUCGAAUUUAGAUCAGUCCAACAUUUAUUUAUAACUUUAAGAGGAAAGGGGCUUCUUCGAAAGAUGAACAGUGAGGCCACUGUCAAGCAUUUGGAGAGCUCAGAAGACCUCCCGAAGCCCACUGAUGAAGAGCCAUGUGAGGAAGAAAUGGACACAUCAGAGGCCAAGUGGCGCUGGUUCUAUCUUGCCGAGUGUGGCGUCUGGCAUACGUUUGAAGAAGUUCCCAGCACAGGUUGUUCUGUCACCAAUGAGCAGAUUGAACAAAACUACAACAAGAAUCAGCAUGCUUCAAUGGACUUCUAUACUGCUAAAUAUACAUAUAAAUUAGACUUUUCUGCUAUGAAACAAGUUAAUGUAACAACUGGAAAAGAAAGGCCAAUCAAAAGGGCAUUGCAUUCAGCUACUGACUUUAGAUUUAUCUGUGAUAACCCAGCCCUUCCUGUACCCAGUCACUGGGAAAGAGUUAAUACAGAAGAACCCUAUCAGCUCAUUGCUUUAUGCAGAGAUACGUUUGAGUACAAAGAAGUGGCCCGGUUAUAUGAGAGAACCAUGAGCCAGCCCAUCAAAUCCAUUCAAAGAGUACAAAACCUGGACCUGUGGGAGUUUUUCUGCAGGAAAAAGGCCCAGCUGAGAAAGAUAAAACGUAUUAUAGAUGUUGAAGAAAAGAUGCUUUUUCAUGGAACCGGUCACAGUAACAUACAGGCCAUAUGCACAUACAACUUUGAUUGGCGUCUCACAGGAAGCCACGGUGACGUCUAUGGCAAAGGAAGUUAUUUUGCACGCGACGCAAGAUAUUCAAGCAAGUUUUGUCAUUCGACGAGCAAGCACAACUUUAUCCUUCAGAGACAUGGUCUAGCGCCCCCUGUUUUCCAGAGCGACCCACCAUACAAGUGCAUGUUCCUGGCACGGGUUCUAGUUGGGGAAUACACGCUGGGUCACCCCCAGUACUGCAGACCCCCAUCCAAAGACAUGAGCAUUGCCAACUUUUUCGACAGCUGUGUGGACGACAUGAUGAGCCCGAAGAUCUUUGUAAUAUUCGACACCAACCAGAUCUACCCGGAAUACCUGAUUGAAUUUUACUGACACCAAAGACCAAAAGGAAAUCAGUGAAUUUUCAAAAGAAUUAACAGCGUUUUCAUUCUGAUGAACGAACGGCUCUGUGUGGCUGUGGCUGGUUAUUGCAAAAGUGCCUUUGGUGAAAAAACUGUGUAUGGAUAACAUACUUUGUCUAGGGGGCAGAUUUAAAACAUAUUAAUGGUUUAUAUGAAUUAUAUGAUCAAUUUUAUGUUUUUUUAUAACAUUCAUUUAUGAUACAAAACACACAUUGAAAUGUAUUUAUAUAUGUAAUGAUAUGAAAAAAAAAAAAUUAUUUGGAAUUUGUUUGCAUGAAAUAACUUUUACGUUAUUUACUUUUGUAAUUUCCUGCAAUCCUGUCUUGUGGAAAAAUGGCGCUGGUAGAGUGUGACUCCAUGAAAAGUAUGUACCCUUCAAAUUUGCACAUGUAACAUUUUAUUACUAUUAUUUUUCAUAGCCUACCUCUCCACAAUUCUACCUCUUCUCAUAUAUUUUCAGAAGACAACAGCAAAGAAACUCCGAUUGCCAAGAGUUUUUCAACAUCCAUUUGUUUAAAAUGGAAAUUGAAUAGACGUAGCGACAGAUCAUUUCUACCAUAUUGUGAUGUACAUCCAAAUGAAGCCGAUUAUCGGAAAAGAAGAAAAAUAAAUUUAGGGUGGGGAAUUGGUUCUAUCCAAUGGUUGUUGAUUGGAUGGAGGCAUAUCUAAAAAUGUUUUUUAUUAAUACUUACAAUGUCUAAAUGUUUAAAACAAAUAAAUAAAACAUAUAUGUAA